CACGCACUCGGCUGCCUAGGCGCUCGGGACGCAGCACAGGCGCUUCUCCGUGGUGCCGACUGCCCGAGAUGCCCGCCUAGGAGCGUGCGGCCGCGGCCAGCGUCGCCACACCCGGGACACUGAGCUCGGGGUUGCAGAGCCGGCCAGAGUCCUGCACCUCUGCCUCAACCCCCACCCCGCCCCCCGCCCUGAAAUGACUAGUUAAUGGGCGCUGGCACCGCUGAGGGGACUCAGAAGUGAAUCCAAGUGGAAUUUGGAUUUGGAAAAGAGUUUCUUGAACAUUUACCCGGGUCCUCGCUGGUUUUUCUUUCUCCGUUUUUUUCUUUUUCUUUUCUUUUUUCCUUUUUCCUUUUUUUUUUUUUUUGCCUUCUCCUCCGGUCCUCUUCUGUCAUUGGAGAUGAACACAGCUCGCUUGCAUCCCAGAAAGUAAUCGCUGUGACUGUUGCCCCCAAAAGAGACAAGCACACAUGUAGGAAUGACAAAGGCUUGCGAAGGAAAGAGCGCAGCUCAAGGCCCAGAGAGAUCUUCUCGAUAAUGGAUUACUAAAUGGGAUACACGCCGUGCCAGUCCGCUCCGAGCCGCGGCCGCCUGCCCGUCGAUGCACCGAAAAGGGUGAAGUAGAGAAAUAAGUCUCCCCGCUGAACUACUAUGAGGCCAGAAGCCUUGCUGCUAUGUCUCACACUGCUACACAGCACUGGGGCUGCUUUCCCAGAAGAUUCUGAGCCAAUCAGUAUUUCGCAUGGCAACUAUACAAAACAGUAUCCGGUGUUUGUGGGCCACAAGCCAGGACGGAACACCACACAGAGGCACAGGCUGGACAUCCAGAUGAUCAUGGUCAUGAACAGAACUCUCUACGUCGCUGCUCGGGACCAUAUUUAUACUGUUGAUAUAGACACCUCCCACACAGAAGAAAUUUAUUGUAGCAAAAAACUGACAUGGAAAUCUAGACAGGCUGAUGUAGAUACGUGCAGGAUGAAGGGAAAACAUAAGGAUGAAUGUCACAAUUUCAUUAAAGUUCUCCUCAAGAAGAACGACGAUACCCUGUUCGUCUGUGGAACCAAUGCCUUCAACCCUUCCUGCAGAAACUACAAGAUCGAUACUUUGGAAACUUUCGGGGAUGAAUUUAGCGGAAUGGCCAGAUGCCCUUAUGAUGCCAAACAUGCCAACAUCGCCCUGUUCGCAGAGGGAAAACUCUACUCUGCCACAGUAACUGACUUCCUGGCCAUUGAUGCAGUCAUUUACAGGAGCCUUGGAGACAGCCCUACCCUCAGGACCGUCAAACAUGAUUCCAAGUGGUUGAAAGAGCCCUACUUUGUCCAAGCACUGGAUUAUGGAGACUAUAUCUACUUCUUCUUCAGAGAGAUUGCGGUAGAGUACAACACCAUGGGGAAGGUUGUCUUCCCAAGGGUGGCUCAGGUUUGUAAGAAUGACAUGGGAGGGUCUCAGAGAGUCCUGGAGAAGCAGUGGACGUCUUUCCUGAAGGCUCGCCUGAACUGCUCAGUGCCUGGAGACUCCCAUUUUUAUUUCAAUAUACUCCAGGCGGUUACAGAUGUGAUUCGCAUUAAUGGCCGUGACGUUGUCUUGGCAACCUUUUCCACACCUUAUAACAGCAUCCCCGGGUCUGCAGUCUGUGCCUAUGACAUGCUUGACAUUGCCAAUGUUUUUACUGGGAGGUUCAAGGAACAGAAGUCUCCUGAUUCUACUUGGACGCCGGUUCCAGACGAGCGCGUCCCUAAACCCAGGCCAGGUUGUUGUGCCGGCUCGUCAUCUUUAGAAAGAUAUGCAACCUCCAAUGAGCUUCCUGACGACACCCUGAACUUCAUUAAGACACACCCACUCAUGGAUGAGGCAGUACCAUCCAUCAUCAACCGACCGUGGUUCCUGAGAACGAUGGUCAGGUACCGCCUGACCAAAAUUGCAGUAGACAAUGCCGCUGGGCCAUAUCAGAAUCACACUGUGGUUUUCCUGGGAUCCGAAAAGGGAAUCAUCUUGAAGUUCUUGGCCAGGAUAGGAAGCAGUGGUUUCUUAAAUGGCAGCGUUUUCCUGGAGGAGAUGAAUGUUUACAACCCGGAAAAGUGCAGCUACGAUGGCGUAGAGGAUAAAAGGAUUAUGGGCAUGCAACUCGACAGAGCAAGCGGCUCCCUGUAUGUGGCAUUCUCUACCUGCGUGAUAAAGGUGCCUCUCGGCCGCUGCGAGCGCCAUGGCAAGUGUAAAAAAACCUGUAUCGCCUCCAGAGACCCAUAUUGUGGGUGGGUGAAGGAAAGCGGUUCCUGUGCCCAUCUGUCACCCCUCAGCAGGCUGACUUUCGAACAGGACAUAGAGCGUGGCAAUACGGACGGCCUAGGAGACUGUCACAAUUCCUUCGUGGCCCUGAAUGACAUUUCAACUCCUCUUCCAGAUUAUGAAAUGUCUUUCAACACAGUGUAUGGGCAUUCCAGUUCCCUCUUGCCCAGCACCACCACGUCAGAUUCGGCAUCCCGAGAGGGGUAUGAGUCUAGGGGAGGCAUGCUGGACUGGAACGACCUGCUCGAGGCACCCGGCAGCACAGACCCUUUGGGGGCUGUGUCCUCACAUAACCACCAGGACAAGAAGGGAGUGAUUCGGGAAAGUUACCUCAAAAGCAACGACCAGCUCGUUCCUGUCACCCUCUUGGCCAUUGCAGUCAUUCUGGCUUUUGUCAUGGGGGCCGUCUUCUCGGGCAUCACCGUGUAUUGUGUGUGCGAUCACCGGCGCAAAGAUGUUGCAGUAGCGCAGCGCAAAGAGAAAGAGCUCACCCACUCGCGUCGGGGAUCGAUGAGCAGUGUCACCAAGCUCAGUGGCCUCUUUGGGGACACCCAGUCCAAAGACCCAAAGCCCGAGGCCAUCCUCACGCCACUCAUGCACAACGGCAAGCUGGCCACGCCUAGCAACACGGCCAAGAUGCUGAUCAAGGCUGAUCAGCACCACCUAGACCUCACCGCCCUGCCCACCCCAGAAUCCACCCCGACGCUGCAGCAGAAGCGGAAGCCCAACCGCGGCAGCCGUGAGUGGGAGAGGAACCAGAACCUCAUCAAUGCCUGCACCAAGGACAUGCCCCCUAUGGGCUCCCCUGUGAUUCCCACGGACCUGCCCCUUCGGGCCUCCCCAAGCCACAUCCCCAGCGUGGUGGUCCUGCCCAUCACGCAGCAGGGCUACCAGCAUGAGUAUGUGGAUCAGCCCAAAAUGAGCGAGGUGGUAGCUCAGAUGGCUCUGGAGGACCAGGCUGCCACCCUGGAGUAUAAGACCAUCAAAGAGCAUCUGAGCAGCAAGAGUCCCAACCACGGGGUGAACCUUGUGGAGAACCUGGACAGCCUGCCCCCCAAAGUUCCACAGCGCGAGGCCUCCUUGGGCCCCCCGGGAGCCUCACUGUCGCAGACCGGCCUCAGCAAGCGGCUGGAAAUGCACCACUCCUCCUCCUACGGGCUUGAGUAUAAGAGGAGCUACCCCACGAACUCACUCACGAGAAGCCACCAGUCCACCACUCUCAAAAGAAACAAUACUAACUCCUCCAAUUCUUCCCACCUCUCCAGGAACCAGAGUUUUGGCCGGGGAGACAACCCGCCUCCCGCCCCGCAGCGGGUAGACUCCAUCCAGGUGCACAGCUCCCAGCCCCCUGGCCAGGCCGUGACUGUUUCGAGGCAGCCCAGCCUCAAUGCCUACAACUCACUGACGAGGUCGGGGCUGAAGCGCACCCCCUCGCUAAAGCCAGACGUACCCCCCAAACCCUCCUUUGCUCCCCUUUCCACAUCCAUGAAGCCCAAUGAUGCGUGUACAUAAUCCCUGGGGUUGGGGGUCAGGCGUCGAAGCAUCAGACGAGGCGGAGGCAGCCAUCCAGCUCAGCAAGGUCUCCACUGCCUCGAGUAUCCACCCGACCAAGAUGGCCCUGGAGGAGUUGAGGACGCUGGGUCCUCCUCCCUGGGACACAGGGACCCUCUUGAAAAUCAGGCCAUGUGGUUUGGUGAAGGGUUAGCAACAGCCACCUCCAUUAUCUCUUCACACUCGCCCACAUCGUACAGCAGGUCGGACUCACAAGAGACUUCAGUAUCGUCAAGAACAUGAGCCAAAAGCACAUCCGCACCCCAUUGCCACAUGAACACACAUGCACACCCCACACUCAACAUGCGCGCACCACACACACAUAAACACACAUCCACACACACGCAGGGGUGAACAACAUUUUGUCCCUGACCUCACGGGACGUUACCAAACUGGGUUAAGCGUUCGAAACUUUAAAACACAAACACAUUUUUCAAAAAAUAAAAAAUAAAAAAAACCAAGAAAAUUAAAAAAAAACAAAAAAAUUAAGGAAUUCAUUGAUAAUUCUAACUCAGACUUUAACAAUGGCAGAAGUUUACUAUGCGCAGAUACUGUGAAAUGCCCACCAGUGUUACAACUUUGUUAUAGCAGGUAAAUGCCAUGUUGGGCAACGAUGUCAUAGAUUUCUGCUCCUCUUCGCUUUUAAUGAAUAACGUGACCGUUAACGCAAGUAACUCUUAUUUAUUGUUCGCCCGUUUCUUUUUCCUUAAGGAAAAGACUCUUCCCAAUGCCACCGUAUGAACAGCUCUGCAGAAACCCGUGGAAAGUUAAACUAUUUAACGUGAAAUCCAUUAACUGGAAUAAUUGAGUUUCUUUAUUUUUACAAUAAAUUUACUCAGUAAAUAAGUUGGAGCUGGAAUUCUGAGCUUUGUGUUUAGACGGUCGGGCCAGUAGCUGAAGGGCAGUGCUAGGAGGGGAAUAUUUAUUUAAAUCUCCUAGUUAAUUUGUCAGUUGGAUCUCUGGCCAAGAAAAAAAAAACAGUUUAAAAAUCCUUCCAGAUCCUAACUACUUACUGGGACAGAAAUGUUUCGAAUGGCACCUAUGCCCCAUUGCCGAAAACAUGGCUUUGUCUGAGGCUCCCACUGUCAGGAUGGCACCAGCUUGUGAAGCCCCCGCCCCCAUCUCAUUUUCACCUUGCAUGUGAGACAGCAAACAAAAAUCCACAAACUGUGUGAACUAAUUAAUAUGCUGGCUGCUACCUUGCAUAAAUUAAUGAUUUGAUCACACGGGUGUUUCGUGGGUUACAUCUGUGAAUAGCCUGCUUUCCACAUGUAAAUUUGUGCCUUACACUCUGAGUUGUACACACUUGUAAACUGUCGUUAUGAUCAACCUUUUUUUUUUCUUCCUACUUGAAAUAAAUGCAGAUAUUUAUUUAAGCCCCACCCUUCACUCGGCCCUCUGGAAGACUGGAUCAAGCAGAUGGAAAAAGAAUGCAGUAGUGACGGUCGUAAGGCCGAAGGCUGGGUGACACCUUCCAGUUCACGAUGCCUUCAGUUGUGCCAACUCCGACCACCCUUGGCUGUGCUGCAAGCAUGGACCCCCAGUGUUGUGGGUGGCAAACCCCUUUCCCAGAGCACUCUGCUCCCCUUAUAUUCCCAGAUCAUUUCAAAAUGGUGACAUCCUCCUGAGCCAGCAGAGAAGGGACUGAAGUCCCUCCCAGCGGUCAUUUCUGCCGUGUCCACUGACUGAAGAACUUGCCCUGGUGGUUGGGGAGGCGAAUGGGAGGAGUCUCCAAGCUGUGCCUUCAGCACACCCGUGCAAUGCACAGAGAAAACAAGGAAAUAGAUGGGGCAGGCUGGUCCCUGCUGCGAUUAAUGGGUACCCCCCAAAUACAAGGCGAACCACAAUGGAUGCUGCAGCAUCCUUUCUCUGGGGCAAAGGUUCUUUUGUUUUGUUCUGUUUUGUUUUAAAUUCCUUUACCUGUUUGUUGUUUGUAGAGGGUUGGGAGCGGUUAGUGUGUGUGUGUGGUUUGUUUAUUUCCCUCCCCUUGUUUUUCUUUUGCUAAAGCACACAGAAGGAACCUUUGUUUACUCCAUUACAAACAAAAGAAUUGUCCGCACACUGUAAACCAUGAGCAUUGUUUUCAUAUAAAGAGUUCAUUCGGUGGUCUCUUCGUCUCUUUCUUUUUCCAAUUUGGUCUGGACUUAGUGUGUCUUAAAAAUAAAAUAAUAAACUUUCAGAGAAAAAAAAAAGAUUGACAAAGACCAAUUUGAAUUGGUUAGUUACUGUGUUGUGUCUACAGUCAGAGCAGUUGCCCAGAGCCCGGCCUACAGCUGAGGACAGGUGCACAGUCCUUUGUCCCAGGAGUCCCUUGGCAGAUCAGUGAGGCUGUUGUUUGGGGUACAGAAGACGUCAUUGGGCUUUAUUUUGUCCUUUAGUGGAGUCAUUGUUCCUGACCUAUAACCAUUGUGCCCUGAAAGCACGAAGACUUUCUGGAAACAGAUUCUGUCCUCUCCCUUGCCUUUUCUCUGCAAAUACAAACAUCAGAAAGGUGAUGGGUGCCAGUUAUCCUGUGACCUUGUCACCGGUGUUUGAUUCCCAAGAGUAUUGCCCCACCCAGGUAAUGGGUAUCAUUGCCUCAGCUGUGUUAAGGAGACCUGCGUCAAAACCCACAUCCCUGCAUCCCACAACCCAUCCUUUUUGGUGUUCACCCUGCAGUGCCACAUGUAUCGAGCUGGUCUUUAGCAUUUAAGUGUCCCUCUCCUUUUCUGCCCUCACCCUGUGCUGGGGGUUUAUCCACAAGCCUGAGCGUGCCUUUGUUUUCCACCCUGCUGGACGCAACAAACUCGGACUUACAUCGGUUGUACAGUUGUACAAACUAUUGUGAUGUCACCAGUUUCCCUUCCAUCU